UAAUACGAUCCAUCUUUCAAUGUAUAAUAAUGCGAUGUCUAUUUUCUUAUCUGUGAGGUAUGGGUCCGAUGUUGGCAGUCAUGGAUGGCAUAGAGUUCAGGACAGGUCACAACGACUAUCGUCUGCAAAUGCCCUCUAAAACAUCACGUGACUUUGGUGACGUUCAGGAUAUCAAGUUCCCCAGAGUGCCACCUGAGAUCACAGCUCAUAAAAAUGUUGAGGACCAAAUUGCUGAGAUGCGUGAGUGGUUCCGAGCAUUUGCCCAGCAGAACUCCAGUCACAGAGACUACACCAAGUACUUCAAGCCUGUCGUCUGCUACUUGGAAGGCGUUUGGACGCUGGACAACAAAGUGGAAGAACCUUUUCAGACAGCAGACCCACCUCCCAACCAGGACAAUGCCCCCCUGGAGGAACUGUUGGAAGAGGUACACAUAUUUGAAGCUGUAAAUUAA